UUUGAACCCUAGUCGUGUCCCGUAUCAGAGGGACUGAGUGUGUUAGUGUUACAGUCUCUUUAAAGGAAGCUGAAGGCUUCGAUCCAACUUCCUACCCCAUCGCCAUGAUUUCUGCUCUACACUGACAAGUAUGGAGUCCAGAGUCUCUGAUAUAUUUUGGUUUCUGAGUCUUCUUGUGAUUUUACUACGCCACUGCGUUCACUCUCAGGCUAAUGGCGAUUGCCCGGCUGACGGACGGACAUGGGUGCCCUUUGGCCAGAGCUGCUAUCACUUUGUCCAUGGAGAAGAGGAUGUUGCGAAACGUUACACCAUAGAGGAAGCUAAAGUUAUGUGCCGUGGCUUUGCCCUUCUGACUGUGCCCAGUUCUUCAGUAAAUGACUUUGUUGUUCAGUACAGCCCUGAGGUGUGGAAGAACAAUGUGAACGUCUGGCUAGGAUUAUACUAUGACACUGACGAUGAUCAGUUUAAAUGGAAUGACGAAUCUGUUGUGAGCUUUAAGAAUUGGGUGGAAGGGGGCUCAGCUGAUUGGGACAUACCUUUAAUGGACAAAUGUGUGGUGCUGUACUCCAACACUGGCAAGUGGCAGAACGUCAGCUGUACCGAGGGCCAUGAGAACGGAGUGGUGUGUGAAGCAGCCCAGAAGACUAAUGUAAUUGGAAAAAAGAAUGCCAGUCCUCUCCUCUCAGCACUCGUCAUUCUGAGUGUGAUAGCUAUUCUGGGAGUGUCUGCAGUUGUGUGGUUUUUCCACCAAAGGAGCAGCUCUGGUGCUGCACUACUUCCCUCUUUUGAGUACCAUCCUCCUUUUAGAUCGCCCUCAGCUGAUCAGACGUGCUUGGUGGAGGCUGAAGAACUCCAGGAAACGCCCUAAAGCCCAGAGUCAGGAGCAUUAAUGACUUUAUUGUGCUUUCAGUUAUACUUCAUUAAAAAUUAAGUGACACUAUGGAAAACUAGUUACAUACUACAUGAUCAGCUGUUCUUCAUUAUAUACACACACACCAGUUACCCAACGUGAAUAUACAGUUUCUCAAUAGCUCUGGGUCUGUUUGAGUGACCCAUUGUUUGUCGGCUGUGGUUAAUGUAUCACAGAAAGCAGAGGUGUGAAGUAAUGUUGGUUUGUAAAGAUUUUUUUUAUUUUUUUGGGUGAUAUUUUUUGUGAUUAGUGGUUUUCCAUCUCGUUGUUACAUACAUAAUGGUCGCACCUUCCCUAAUCUCUUUGAUCUAAAGUGUUCUAAUUGUUCAGGUAUUUGUAAAGCUAUUUUUUUCGAGGUGACAUUUCAAAUUUUCUUGAUCAUUGCACUUUCUGGAUGUCUCCUUUUCACAAUAGAAUGUGCCAAUAUUUUAAACUGUUUGAUGCAAUCUUUACAAACAGAACAAAGAACGGCCCUGAUCACGUCAGGAAGCCUGAGUUUUAGAGAUGUCCUAUGAUUUAAUGAUGGGAAUUUCUUGAUAUUUUUUCACAUGAUUUCUAGAUUGUAUGCUGCAUUUGUAAUAUUAGUAAUGUGAUUUAAGUGUCCUCUUUAGGUAAUGUGGUGCCUUACUGAAGCAAUCUGAAUGAAAUGAUCAGCACAGCAAAAAUGCAAGUCAUUAUAGUGUAAUGAACAUUAAUGUCACUUUUAAGAAUUGCACUUUUCUGGUAAAUUUAUGCCUGUGUAUAGGAGAGUAUUGUAAUACAUUUUAAUUGCAGAUUUGUGUGUGUGUGUGUGCGCAUUCUACCUUGCUAAUAUUUAACGGAAGUCUCAUCGAUUAGAAGCUUGCAAAAGGACAUUUAACAUUUCAAAGUUGCAGAUGUUUAAUAAAAAUCUUUGUUGGAGUUUUGUUCCUGUAUUAUCCAAUUCAGAGGUCAUUUUGAUGUAAGACACAAAAUACAGUUUGAUUUUUGUGUGUA